UAUAUAGAGAGCAGUGUUGUACAUAGAACAAUCGCGUUUACAGUGGACGGCAAUUUUAACAAGCAAGAAUAGAUAUGGAGAGUCAACAGUUUUGUUUACGAUGGCACAAUUUCCAAAAUACAUUAUUGAGCUCUCUUCCAAAACUGCUCGAUGGUGGCCAUCUAACAGAUGUUACACUGAGCGCUGGUGGUAGACACAUUCAUGCUCACAGAAUCAUACUCUCAGCUUGUAGUUAUUAUUUUAAAGAACUGUUUAAGGACUUAAGCUCUUUGCAACAUCCAGUCAUUGUACUGCCUGGCAUGGAAUAUGCAAAUUUAUGCGCUCUAGUCAAAUUUAUGUACAAUGGCGAAGUGAAUAUUUAUCAAGAACAAUUACCUGCACUUUUAGCUAUGGCUGAUACAUUACAUAUUUGUGGAUUAGCUGAUAUGGCUGGGGUAAGUAUUUUUUAUUAUUAUUCAAAAUAUAUAAAAAAAAUAAGAAUACUAUUAUUUGUUUAAAUAUUAAGAAAUGUAUUGCCUACCCAAAAAGAAUUAUGCAAUACAUCUCUCUAUAUUGUACUUUCUGAAUAUAUUGUAUUUAUAUUUCUAUCAUUUUUUUAUUAUUUUCAUAAUUUUCUAUCUUUCUCUCUCAGCACUUCUAGCGUCAUACAUAAUGGUUUAUGAAAGUUCAUAUAAAAAAAUAUUGAUAUAUUUAUUAACUAUAAAUUUCCAUUACAUACUAAUUUUAGUUUUUAGUAUUAAUUUGCAAAAUAUAUAAUAUAAUGACCUAUAUUUGAGAAACACAUUAAUCAUAGAAAUAUGAGAUAAUUUGUUAUUAUUAUUAUUGAGUUUCAAAUUUAGGUCAAAUAUAUUUAAAAGCUUGCUAAUUAUAUAUGCAAAAAAA